AUGAUGAUGAUGAUGAUGAUGGUGAUGAUAAUGAUGAUUGGAUCGAUGAACUAUCAGAACACAAUUGAUGCAUUACCAUUUCCAGAUGAUUUUGACUCAUUUCUCGAAAUGUUAUUUGAACAUGCAGAAUGUGAAGAUUUUCUCUCAGAUAAUGAAUGGUCUGCAGUUGCUUUACGAGAUUGUAAACCAUACGUAUGCAACUUUCCACGUGAAAUUUGCAGACGACCUGCAGCAAAAUAUCAGGAUGUGACAAGUAAUAGAUGCUCUAGAAUACCUGAGAAUUGUUUAAUAGCGGCAAAUGGUGGAAUAGCACUAACAACUGAUACUAAUACUUUUACCGAUAAUAGAAUUACAAAUUCAAAUAUCGAAGAACUGGAAUUAACAACAGUUGCAUCGUCACUGUCAAGUUAUUUCAAUUUUCAAUUUUCCACCAAGAUAUCACCAUUUCUUCCCACUACAGAAAUAGGAACCAAAUCAAUUGAUAAUUUAGUAGAAAUCUGUAAUUUGGAUCAACCACGAGGAAGAUAUUGUGGAUUUACAAUCAAAGUAGCUUAUAACAAAUAUAAUCAACGAUGUGAAGAAUUUUGGUUUCCUGGUUGUCGCACAGUUGAAACAAAUCAAAAUUUAUUUGACACUGUAGCAGAAUGUAUGAAAAAGACUGAUAUUUGUAGAGGUACCGGAACUUUUGUACCAUUUUUCACCACUCGUCAUCCAUUAAUGCCAGCUUCCAUAGAACCACCAUCACCACCAGUACCAUUAGUUGAACCAUUUUUGGCAACUACCACGAUACCUCAAGCAAAGAUUGUUGAUAUUAAUACAUCAGUAAAAUCUAGAGUGGCACCAACAGCUCGACCACCACGAUUGUUACCAUGGAUUUCAGGUGAAGUGGUAAAUCCAUAUGUUUCAGUUGUUGAUCCACAAUCUUCGCUAAAACCAUCGCAUUUAACAGUACAACCAUAUUGGAUGACUAGUCCUUCCGGUGCCAAAAUGAUACUUAGUUUAAUUUCGAACAGUAUAUCACAGUUAACCGGUGGUGGAUUGGGUAAUACAGAGGAUAGUGGUGGUUUUUUGUAUCAGAUACCUCAAUUUCUUCGUUUACUACAGAGAGGAUGA